AUGAGAUCGCAUCUGGCCGUUUAUCGUGCACCAGAAAACGCCAACGGUUGCCAGUUCGCUAGAUACGCGCCCCAUCCAUUGCAGCCGCCGGCCAUUUGGAAUGCCGCCGCGCCGACCGCCUGCUACAAUCUGCGCGCCCAGCCGCAUCAUGGACUAUACCAUGCAGGAGCAGGAGCAGGAGCAGGACCUCCGCCACAACAGCUGCUGGUCAAUCAGCAGCGGAUCAACGAGUGUGCCGGCAUACCGCUUAUCUCGAACGCCUGCAGCCACAUGACGCCGGCGCAGCGUCAUCGGCUGUUGCGCAAAUCGGGCAAAUCCUGGCCAGCCGCCGCCGCUGGCUCCGGCGCGCACUCCAUGUCACAGCUGGCGGCGCAUGCGCACGGCCAGCCGCUGCUUCAAAAUGGCAACAAACAACAUCAUGCCCAGCUGCAGCAGCAGCAACAGUAUUCGCCGCAAUCCUGGCCAGCGCACGCCUCCAGCUAUCAGCCCAUGCGCCUGAAUAACUUUCAAUUGACGGACAAAACGCGCACGCUGCGCUAUCAGAACUCGGCGCCGGCAGUGCUCAGCGCCCAGGAGCAGCAGAAGACAACCAACAACAACAACAACAGCAACAACAACUGUGCUGGCCAGGAGCCGGCAUCGUCUGUGCCGGACACCUGUCUGCCGCGCAUCAUUAAGCCAAGGAAGCGCCGCAAAAAGGAUCGCAAGCCGGCCAACGGCGUGCUGCUCAAAAUGGAGACGGAUUUGCAGCCCAAGCUGCAGCAGCAUCAGGCGGCCAGCUAUGGACAGCUGCUGCCUCUGGCUGCCGGCGGAUGCAGUGGGAUGCAGCAGCACGAUCACAGCCAUGGAGUUUGCUUUUGUCGCGACUGUGAUCCGUUGCGUUCGCUGUGGGAUUACCCGCUGCGCAGCGGGCAGCGCGGCGCCAGCAACUCGUCGAGCAACUCGUCCACGUCCACGCAAUCGGACAACUCGUGCGCCAGCUCGAUCUGCUCGCGAAAUGUGCCCAACAAUUUUGAUGAGACGGAGCAACAUUUUGCGCCCAUCACCGGCGACAGUUGUCGCGCCGAAAUUGUGGGCGUCAUCGGAUCGCAGCGCAGCCACGCCCAUGCGCCCACUACAGCAAAUCCAGCUCCAGCUGUAGCUGCAGCUCCAGCUCCAGCAUUGUAUCUGAGCGACUCGAGCGAUUCGGGCUAUGGCGACAUCCUGAGCGGCAUGAACAUAGCCAACGAUCUGUUUGCCAGCUGCUUUGGAGCUGGCGUCGCUGCCGACGCCAACGCGGCCGAGACGCUGCUCGACGCGAGCAUCAACGAGAUUUCGCGCAAGCUGAUCGAGACGUGCGCCGUUAACGACGUCGACGGCAGCGUCGGCGUCGGCGGGGGUUCGAGCUGCGCCGGCGACAGCGACAGCUGCUCGGCGUCGGCCAGCGACAGCGGCUUGGAUAGCGCUGGCAGCUAUAACUCCGAGGCGCUUGUCUUCAAUUUUGAGCAUUUAAAUCUGAUGGAUGCGAGCUUUGUGACGCCCACAGCUCUGGACUGCAACAACAACAACAACAACGACAACGACAAGCAACAAUUUUACAACAAUUGCUUCGACUUGGUUUGGCGCAACAACAACAACAACUGCAACGACAGCAAAGGCAGCGACGACAGCAGCGCCACGCCCACAACUCUAAUACUGGGCACAGUUGGAAAAUUGAAGCCCGCAUUUUCCACCAUCUCGUGA